GUUAUUAUUUUCAGGGUGUGUCUAGGGUUGAGGGGUCCGGGCGGGGAGGGACAUGAGGUCGUCGGUAAGUGUUAUUCUCUCCAACCCACCGCCCGACACCACCAUGAGUUACCCAGACUACUGCACCAGUCCCCACCACCACCAGACCCUGCUGGUGCUUGUCACUCAAGUGGGGUCCCAAUUAAAGAGCCGUUCAUUUCAUAAACUCUACGAUCGCAUUAGCCGUGUAGGUCAUGUGAAGGUAAGCGAUUCAAAUGGGUCCCAGCGCCCAGUGUGGGUUACCUACCGCCGAGACUACCCUGUGGAGAACAAUGAUUGGGGAGAUUUCCAAACACAUCGUAGAGUUCUUGGCAUAAUCACAAUAGGUCAAGUGGGUAGCCAAAGUGAUCUUAAUGACAUUUGCAAACAACAUGAAAGUCUCAAAGUUAAAUACUCGUCUACAUUGUAUGACUCGAGAUGUAUUAUUUUGGGUCUGAACCCUGAUGGUACUAUGUAUGAAGCAGAUUCUCGUGGACCUUCUCGGGGAACCUCUCCGGAACCUAAUGGGGAGCUGGAUUCUGGCACCCAUCCAGUAACUAUUAAUGGACAUACCCAUCCAACACACGUUAAGAAGGUCUCUGCAGGUAGCACUGAUAGAGACAGUGGUGUGUAUGAAACUGUUAGUAGUGAAGACAAAUCAACAGAGUUUGACAGUCAUGCAGAUAGUCCACAGGGUCUUUCAGAAGGCAUGGCAGACCUAAAAAUCUAUUCAAAUCAUGUUAAUGGGUCAGACUCAGGAAGUGAAAGUACAAGUGAAGUUGGUUGCUGUGAUGAUGCCAAGAUUGAUUCACCUCGGGAUUUAACUGCAGAUUCUGCGCAAGACUCCGUUCACGACUCUGCUCAUGAUACCAGCCAAUCCUCCAUCAGUACCUCGACAUCCCAUUCUUCUAGAGUCUCCCUGCAGCCUCCCUCUAAUUUUAAGACUAGAGCUCUCUUCUACCCAACUGGUGAUCAUGCUGUCAAUAUAGAAAGUCAGCUGCAAGAGUUUGUUAGUUCCUUAUUUUGGGUGCUAGAGUCAAAGCGUCUUGAUAAAAGUCAAGAAAAGUUGGAAAGACCUCCACUUCUGUGUGCUCCAUUUGAACGCAAGGAUUUUAUUGGUUUGGAUAUGGAUUCACGAACCAACAAGAAGCGGUGUGGGGGCCGGUUAAGAAAACAGCUGGCCGACCUGACAUUGCAGGCAGGCUUGCCUACCGAAGCCAUUAUGCAUUACAGCUAUGCAGCAGACACACUCCGAAACUGUAAUGACUGGCUGUGGCUGGCUGCUUGUUUUGAAGGUCUUUGUGCAGCUUCAGUGGUGAUGCUUUACCCCAACUUACGCCGCAGCUCUGGCCUUCAACGUUUUUCAAGUCUCGGAGUUGGGGGUAAUCAAGGAGGCUCAGGUGGCGUAGGAAACAGAAGUCGCAAUGGAUCAGUGAACACCAACUCAUUACCAACAGGCCUUGAUCCCACUAUUGUUAAACAGACUAGUAAACAUUGUCUUUCUCCAGAUGAUAUAGUUGAUAAAUACAGAGAAGCUAUAGUCCAUUAUAGUAAGUAUCGUAAUGCUGGAGUAGUGGAGACCGAAGCUAGUAUCAAAGCUGUACAUGUAUUGAUUGAACAAAGACGGUACCUUAUGGCUGCAGAAUUUCUCUCGAAUGUUGUCUUCAUUAAUCUCCAGCUCUCUGAUGAGGAAAAAUGUGUCAACUUGCAGAUUGCACGGUUCAAUGCUCUGGCAGAUCUCUAUCACCAAAUAGGAUUUCACCGGAAAGCUUCAUUCUUUCGGCGUGUAGCUGCAAUGAGGUGUGUAGCACCUCAGAAUCAACAGCCAGACUGGGGUCAGUGUUAUCGUCUGUUGCUGCAAACAUUGGAGGGAUACAAAAUUUGCCUUGAUCCUUUACAGUUUAGAAAAGAUGGUAGUCAGGGUUGGCCUUCAUUGCAAAUUCAGAUACUGCAGGAGCUAGUGGGUACAUCACGUCGAAUGGGUCAAAAUGCCCUGUGUACACGACAUCAAGCAUUCUUGGUUUGUGCCAUGAUGCCACACUUGACUGAGGUAGAACGUCAGGAAACUGCAAAUAUGUUGGAGUCUCUUAGUGCAAGAAGUGGAAGUGGGCCCGUGCCUCUGGUGGUGCAGGAAACUGGUAUUAUCAUCCCACCUGUCAAUUUCCUCAACUUGCCCAUAUGCAGGAAAGUGCGUACAAUAGCUCCAGUAACUGGUAGAAGAGCAGAGAAAAAGCUUUCCCUAACUGGAGAUGAAGAUUCAGGGCCAUUUAUCUUCUCGCCAUUUACAUCUCUCACUAGCAGUAAUGAUCGCCGUGCUCAUGGCAAAAUGGACUUUGAUUGGGUAGAAGGAGAUAUAUGCGAGAUCUGUUUGGACUUGGAGAAUCCAAUGCCUUUUGAACUUAAGGUUACCAACAUGAUGCUGCUUACUGAAGGGGCUCAGUUUGAGGCUUGGCCAUCAACUGUUGUAUUAAAAGCAGAGAAAAGUCUUCAGGCAGUCACCCUACGAGGACGACCGCUGAGUGCUGGAGAGUUGAGAGUGACAGGUUAUUCCUCUACUGUUAUGGGAGUCAGCAGCAAUUGUCGCCUAAAAUUCAUACCACAUUUUAAGAUACCACAGUACACUAUAAAUGUUGUACCUGCACUACCAUUGAUACAGAUACUGACUGGCAAUAGUAGUACAGGAAGUUUAGGUGCUGAGAAGUCAGUUGGUGAAGAAUGUGGAACCCUUCAUUUGUCUUUGUCUGCUGGGGAAACACACGAGUGUUCUGUGGUGCUGCACAAUGUCUCUUCUCAGCCAGUGGAGGAGCUCAGUAUUACCCUUGACUCCAAAAUGGACAAGGAAAUGAUGAAUCAGGUGUUUCAGUAUAGUGAAGAGAACAUUCAUGCCCAGCUUCCCAUCCCUCCAGGUGGUAAGGCCUCCUUAACACUUUAUGUAUAUGCUGUUUCUGACUUCCUUUGUCCUGGCCGCUUGGAUGAAUCCCUGGAAACAACUAGUUUGAUAUCUGGCAGUGAACCACCAUCUCUGAUAUCAGGUGGACCUCCCUCCCUACCCUCCAGACAAUCUGCAGCUACCUCAAGUACCCGUGGGGCACGCGCCCGUCGGACAGACUCGUCUGCAUCGUUAUUAUCAUCACGCUCAGGAUCCAGUGCAAGGUCUGGAUCAUCAACCUCCACUCAGGCACCUUCGUCAAGUAUUAGAACUCGAGCUACUCUAAAUACCCCUGGCUGUACUGGAAGAACACUAGAAGCCACUUUGAUGAUAAAGUAUUCUGGUGGAUCAGGAAUGAGUGCCGAACUUUGCCGUAGCACCCAGUUAUUGAUUAACGUUGAAGUAACACCAUCACUACUGGUGACCAGAUGGGAUGUUCUUCCUGCGGAAUUACCCCACCAGUGCUAUGUAGUACUGGACCUUCUCAACUGUGCUUCUCAUGAGAUGGACCUUCACUAUACACCAACCAAACACAUUCUUAUAGAAGCUGGAGAUUCUUGUAGAGUUCCUGUUCCUGUUGACCGCUGUCCACUUGCUACUCUCACCCAGGAUGCCAGUGAAAAUGAGACAGGCUGGGGUUGGUCUACAGUCCUUGGUGGUCAUGUUGCAUCUUUAGUAGAGCUGCAGUGGACAUUAGGCCCCAGUGACACACCUGGUCGGGCAUCCCUUGCAGGUAUCACCUUCCCACCGUCCACUCAUGACCUGAUUACCAUGGCUCCAAUACACUGGGAUGUUCAGGUAGAUGGGCUAGAUGUACUUGGAGGAACGGAAAAUAGUGGAGUGGUUGGCCGCACACUGGAAUUAAGAGUAGGUAUAACGAAUACCAGUGGAGCUACUCUUCCCCCACUCAGUCUUCGCAUCACUGCCUUUCAGGACCACCAGAAUGGUCAUCUAAAUUAUCGUCUAGAAGCCAAGAUGACCACUACAGGAGCCACAAAGUUAACUACACCACAGUUAGCCGAAGGUGAAGAAUUCCAGCACUGUUGUGGGCUUGUGUUCUUCACCUCAGGAGUGUACAAAGUAGAGGUGACAUGCUCUCCAGCAGCAGCUGUUGCCCAGACUUCAUUUUAUGAAAAUGUCACCCCAGCACACCAACAUGCUUGGAAGUUUGCUCCACCAUUGGAGAUAACCGUGACUGAUGUAUGAUUUUGGUGCUAUAUUUCAGAUAAAUUAAAAUUUGUAAUAAAUAUUUAUGAAGAAUUUGAUUGCUGAACAUUUGUGAUUGAUUCCUUAUAACUGAGAAUGUUUUCAAUCAUGUGUCAUGAAUCUUAUUUAAAUACAUGUCAACACAGAAAAAUGUAGUGAUCCGAGACUUAUUGAUAAUACAUGCACUGUCUAGAAUGAUUGCAUUGUCCUUAUAAACCAGUGUACUAAUAUAUAUACAUGUUAAAUAUAGCCACUUAAUAUUCGGGGUGCUGUACUUCUGUAAGUCAUGGUAAAUUUUUUUUAUGAAGUAACAGUAUUCCUGUGGCACAAAAUAAUAUCAGUAUUAUGACUGUGGUCUUCCCAGUGGAGCAUCGUGUCUGGGGUAGUCUUAAAUCUUGAGUUUUUAUUGGAGUUGAAAGUACUUGUUCUCUAUUAGAUCAUAAAACUUUCUGGACUCCUCCACAGGAACAAAAGACUACUGUAUGUAUAGUCACUCCUGCAAUAAUUGUGUAGUGUUGCAAGAUGCCAUCCUCUGGGUAUAAUUAUAUGUUGUUAUUCAGAAUGUGCCAAGAAGUGCAUUGUCAUUACAAGUAAGACGGUUAAACUCUUAUGUAUAAAGAUGACUUAAGUUGUUAAAAUACGAGAUUUUGUUGUUGCUUCAGAUUUUUACCUGAAGAUGUAUAUGGAUAUGAGCACUGUAUGUAUAGGUUGAUUUAGACUGUACAUAGAUUGGUUUAGAGAUAAUUAUCUUGACAUAGUGUCAGGCAUGUACAGGAGUUGCUGUUGGAAAUAGUAAUUUUUAUAUAAAGUAUAUAAACUGCAUUAUUACAACCAAAGUACCAUAGUGAUAUAUAUGUAUAUUAAGCAUAUAAUGUAUAGUUCUGUUAAUGUAUCAUAAGUUUACUGAUUUCAUAUGUACAACAGCACAACAUUUGUGCAUUUUGAACUUUGUGAUAUGUAAAAUUGUGUAUGAUAAUGUAAAGAAAAUUUCCUAAUACUGUAUCGGAGUCUUUUAGUUGUUGCUUAUUUUGCUAUGCCCUUCAUUACAAUAAUUUAUAUUUCUCACAUAUGCACUUCAGAAGUCUUGCAAACGUGUACAAGUUUUUAAUCUCCUCAAUGGAGAUAUUUAUCUUCUUAAUCUGCUAAACAACUCUUGAUGGUUUUAUAGCAGUAGGACACUGACAGUAUAUCACACUAUUCUCGUUGAAAAACCCUUACCAAGUGAGUUGCUAAUGGUUACACAAAAAGCUGCAAAGUGGUAAUAACCACCUUUUUUUUUGGGGGGGGGGGGGGUUGCCAAUUCUCUAGUCAGUACAAAACUGUAGUGACAAGAUCUUGGCAAAUUCCAAUAUUAAUGUGUAGCAGUACUUUGAUUAAAGCUGCCACAUGUUUAUCAAAGAACUUUACUGGCUGCUAGUACCAUAAAUCAUAGGCCUUUUUACCCCAUUCCUACCUCCUGAAUCUGAUCUUGCUUCUACACCAAUACAUUCUUUGGUAAUUUCAUAAGUCAUUUAAUAUACCAGUAAGUGCAGAACUUCACACUUUCAAGUAAUUCUGUGAUAAUUUAUAGCAGUCAAUUUUUUUUUUUCCAACAAAUUGGCCGUAUCUACCAAGGCAGGGUGACCUAAAAAGAAAAACGAAAGUUUUUUUCUUUCAAAGUUUAGUAAUUGAUACAGAAGAAGGGGUUAGUAGCCCCUUGCUCCCAGCAUUUUAGUCACCUCUUAUGACAUGCAUGGCUUAUGGAGGAAGAAUUCUGUUCUGCUUUCCCAUGGAGAUAAGAGGAAAUAAAGAAGAAAGAAGAACAAUUAAGAAAGAAAACCCAGAUGUGUAUGUGUAUAUAUGCAUGUACAUGCAUGUGUAGUGUGACCUAAGUAUAAGGAGAAGUAGCAAGAUAUACCUAGGUGGUAACCUGCAUGUUUAGGAGACGGGAAAAAAAGAUACCAGCAAUCCUACCAUCAUGUAAAACAAAUCCCAGGUUUCCAUUUCACACUCAGCAGGACAGUAGUACCUCCCCUGGGUGGUUGGUGUUAUAUCUUUUUAUAAGGUGAAGAACUUUAUCACCUCAUUUAAAUGUGAUUUGACUCCGAGUGCCGACUGCUUUCCAUGGUGGAUGGAUUACUGUGAUCCUAGCCUUUGGCAUUACUUCUGGGAUGCCUUGCCUAAAUGGCAGCAACGUGAAGAUUAACAAGGUGCUACUCUGAUAUGUAUACUCUGAAUAGAGAUACUGUGAAUAAGACUAAAGAAAGAUACUUUUCUGAUAAGCAACAGGUCAAGAUUUGAAGGAAUGUGUCAGUUACUGGUUGCGAAAAGUUUUCAGAUUACAGUUAGUAGCUAAUUCAGUUAUUGCAGAGCAUCCCAAAGUAUAUGCUGCUCUUAUCUGCCACCUGUCAAACAUGAGAGCCAACCCAGAAUGGUACAAGAACAAUACAACAGCAAUAAACAACAUUGAAAAAAUGGCAGAGGCAGCAAACAGAACAGCAAAGCUAAUGAUAGUAGGAGAUUUUAACCAUGAAGAUACAAGCUGGGAGAACUAGAACCCAGAUAAGGGUCCAGAUAUAGAGAAGUAUGUUGCAAGAGUUGGUAAUGCAGAAUUAGUAUAGUACUUGUAAGUAUAAUACAGUACAGAAUGUCCUAAACCAACAUGAAGAGUAGAUGAGAAAUUAUGACUUCAAAUUAUGAAUGCAGUUCAGUGUGUGACUAAUAGACUGAGAAUUUUUGUGGUUAUGUCUGUCAUGACAGUAAAUUAGUGAUAAUAGCUGUGAAUUGGUAUUGAUAUUACCACUCAAACUUUCCUUGGAUCAAACCUGAUUGCCUACCAUUCUCAGUGUUGUAUGACCCCUAAAGCUUUAGUGCUUCACAUGAAUACAAUAAUUGAUAUCAAGUUGUCAGGAUAGAUACGAACCAGUAACAUGACAGCAAAUUACCGAUAAUUUUAGAAACUGUUUAUGGCACUGAAACAAAAAAAAAAAAUUCUAGAGCUAUGUAAAUCAUUCAAGUCAACUCAGUGGUUUCUCCUGUAAACAGUCUAAACCUCACUUCUAAAAUUGUUCUGGAGACAAUCUUAUUUCUGUUUGUAAUUGCCUGUCUAUGUAUUUGAGUUUAGGAAGGGAGUUAGCUCUUGCUUUGAAUAUAAUAAUUCUAAUACUAAUAAUAAUCACUUCUGUAGCCCUCGCACUGCCUUUUUAGUUUUUCCCUUCUUUCAUUUAUGUUCAUUUUACAAUGGAAUAUUAGAGCAAAGUAUAUAUAUACAGUACUGUACUUCAUUCAUGGCCCUUCUUUAACAUGCCCUGGUGCCCUACUUUAUAAGUUUUCUUUAAUGUAUAAACUCUUGGAUGUCUGAACAAAACACUCAUUGUACCAAUUUUUACAUUCCUCCUUUCCCACAUUAGAUCACCCUUCAUGCUUCUGCCCCUUUUACUAUGCAGCACUCUGGAACCCAUGUGGGUUUAGCACUUAUUUAGAACACGUGUAUAUACAGUAGUCCCUACAGAUUUGCAGGGCUUGUGUUUCUAACAUUCCUCAGGUGUUGGUAUUGCAAAUGAUAUAAAAUUGAGUCUGCAUAUCAAAUUUUGUUUCACAUUUAGGUAAUUUUUUAUGUUUUUUUUUAAAUAUAUUGGCCAUUUUCCCCAUAGAAGCUGGGUGACCCAACAAGGAGGAAAACAUUUUCAUUGUUAUUCAUAUCUCUAUCUUUUAUGUUGAUUGCCCAUCAGUGAAAUCUUUACAUAACCAAAAUCCAUAAAUAUGGAGGCCCAAGAAUUUUGUAGUGCUGUCCAGUGUAUGAUCUUGGUAGCAAUUACUUCACUACUUUUUACCAUUUCAAGCACAUGUUUUGACAUUGAUGAAUUUCCCUUUUUAGUAUUUUUCAUUAUAGAUUAUUCAUUAUUCUUCAGUUUACAAGAAACAUUUGGGAGGUAUCAAAAACAAUUCUGAAGUCUGAGCAAUUCAGUGAAAAUUAAUCUGUUGUCUGACUUUCCUCAUACAUUCCAAAAUGCACCCAUGCCUUGUUUUAUCCACAUGCCAUAUUUAUAUAUUGUAUAUGCUGUAUUUUUCUUACAUUUAUUUUUUAUUCUGUAACUCAUCAGGGGGGUGGGGGGACCUUGCAUUUUUUGAAGAGUACAUUUUUGCCUUUUAUUUUAGUCUUAAAAAUUUUCAGUAAUUUACCUUUUUUUUUUUUUUUUUUUAACUCUUUCAGGGUCGAGACCUUCGAUCCUGAACUCGUUCUCAGGGUAGAAAAUUUUUCAAAAAAACGAAAAUACUUUUACCUGUGAAACAAUAGAGAAUCUUUUCCUCGUGGUAAUGACACCAAAAGUAUGAAAUUUGAUGGAAAACUUAGAGAAUUAUGCUCUCGCGAAGUUAGUGGUCUCAAUGAUAUAUACACAUUGGUGAUUUUGCCCACUUUGAGCCCUAUUUUUGACCAAUUCCAGUGUUCCAGUUGACUAAAUUCAUAACUAUUUCGCUAGAACUUCAUUUGUUCUAUCGAUUGAGCACAAGAAACCUCCCAUGUACUGAUUUCAAGUAUGCAGUAAAGUGGUCAGAAAUUGGCAAUUUGGGAAAUUUCAAAUGAUGCCAAUUUCAAAAUAGGGUCCAGAAUAAACAAGAUGCAUUCCUGGCACUAAAAUAACAUUUUCUCUGUUCAUUAGUCAUGUCUCCAGGCCCCUCUUGCAUUUCUCUUGCUUUCCAUUUUGAAUUUUUAUUGGAAGAUUUACUUUUAUGCAGACUACUGCAUUAUUGUAAAAAUGGUAUAAAUAAUAUCAGCGCACUUGUGACUCGCCAAUUGAUGUGUAUUGGACACCUGGCGUGAUGAUUUGUUUACUCUUGAACAUCAGCAAAAAUCGAACAUUUCUGCUACUUUGAGCUCAGUUCCAAGGUACUUUUCAUUGUGAAACCAAUCAAAAUCAUCUCCAUUUCUGUAAUAUAUCUUCCAUUCUAUCAAAUGAGACCAAGAAAACGAGAAAUACAACCAUAAAUACCACAUGAAAAUACACUGCAAAGUCACUGUUUUAAACCAAAAAUACGGCCUGAGUUUUUUUUUUCUCUUGCACUGUACUGCAGGAUUUUUUUUUAUUCUGCACACACUGACCACACAAAUCCAUUCUUUCAUAUGUAGGCCUACCAGCUUUCUCUCGCUAGAUUUGAAGGCUCUAAAGCGAAUUUACACGUUCAAGUAUGGCACCAACCCUGGCUUUCAAGCCAUACAAGUACAGCAUUGACCUUGAAACGGUUAAGCAUUUCCAACUAUUGUUAUGACCAAUAACAUUGAGAAGUCAGUAGGUGCCUCAAAGUCAUUACUUUCUGAGGCACAGUACGAGAAUUGAACAGAUGAUAAUGUUUAAUAAAUAUGAGAAAAUAGUAAGUACACCUUGAAAAUUGUUAUCCUGUAUUAUAGAGCUCAUAAAUUAGCUUGAUCAUCAAUUCAGUAUUGCAUACAGAUGUUUUUGUACAAUAUCAAGCCUUGUUGAUGAACUAUGUUGUAUAUAAUGUACACUUUGGCUUGAUAAAUACUAUUACAUUCAGCCGUCAAUAAUUUGCAAGGCUUUCUUAAUAUUUUGCCCCUUGUUAAAAAAAACACUCUUUACACAAUUCCACUUUUAUCAUAGUUUUUAUAAUUACCAGGAUGGCUGUAGGGACCCUGGAGAUCUUUCAGGCGAGUCUUUUGACAUUAAUAAUGUAAUUCAGGUUAUUUUAACUUAGUAUGAUAUUUAUUUGUAUUGAACAUUUUUUCAUGUUUAUAGUAUUUAUUUUUUGUUUAUUGUGAAUGCAUUUUACAUAAUUUAUACUGCUAAAAGUACUUAUUGGCCUACAUGGUCAAGCACUCUAAAUAUUGUUACUAUUACUAUUUACACCAUCUUCAGCUUAUACAUUAUUUUUUGUGACUCUUUGAGGGUCCAAGCCAUAGAUCUAUGCCAUGUCCACAGGAUCCAAGCUGUAGUUCUGUGCCAUGAGCUCAGCUCACUCAGAUAAGCUGUGAGCAGUAAAUUUGGACCUAGAUAUAAGAGAAUGGAUCCAUGUGGUAAGUGUGCACCAUAUACAUAAAUCCUGCAGCACACUGCAUUAGAAAAAAAAUGCGACCGUGUGUUUGGAUUAAAACACUGACUUUGUGGUGUAUUUUCACAUGGUUUUUACAGUUGUUUUUGCGGUUUCGUGAUCUCAUUUGAUAAAAUGGAAGAUGUAUUACAGAAAUAUAGAUUUUGAUUGGUUGUAGUACUGAAGAUAGCUUGAAAUUGAGCUCAAAGUAGCGGAAAUGUUCGAGUAAACAAAUGACAUCAUGCAUCCAAUACACGUCAACUGGUGGGUCUAAUAUAUAUUCACACGUGCUGAUAUUAUUUAUACAAUUAUUACAAUAUUGCAUAACAGUAAAUCUUCAAUUUUUUGGUGUGAAUAAAAAUUCUGUAUGUAAAUAAAAAAUUAAAAUGGAAUUCAUCUGUAACACUUGGAAACGUAACUAGUAAACAGAGGAAAUGUUAUUUUAGUGCCAGGAAUGCCUGCAUUGUUUAUUCUGAACCCUAUUUUGAACUUUGUGAAAUUGGCCAAAUUACCAAUUUCUGAUCACUUUUAUUGGGUAGUUGAAAUAGUUGAUUGGGCAGUUUCUUGUGCUCAGUCAAUAAAAUAGUAGUAAUACUAGCAAAAUAGCUAAGAAUUUGGGCCACUGGAAUAAUGUAAUUCGCCUAAAAUAGGAGUCAAAUUGGGCAAAAUCGCUGACAGUAAAAUUCGCAAUAGUGUAAUUUCAUCAAUUUUCCAUAAAAUUUCUUACUUUUUUUUACUACCUUCAGAAAAAGAUUCUCUACCAUUUCAUAAGAAUUUUUUUUUUUUGUGGGGGGGGGGGGAAUUCUUGAACCCUGUGGAGAAAGUGUAGAUCUACAGUUCAGGCCCUCAACGGGUUUAGUUUCCAGUGGUUGUAACUCGGUCUCCUCUGAGCUCCAAUCCCAGCAGUGAAGAAAAUAGUGUUUUAUUCCACCAUUUUUCAUAAUUUGAAACUGCUGUCUCCUGUUUAUUAUGAUAGAUCUUCUGGAUUUACUUUCAAGUCAGAAUUUAGUAUACACCCUAUACAUAAGAAGUCCAUGUUCUGAGAGAAUGAAGGGAAUAGUGUGGAAACAUUGUGUUGACACCCUUGUUUAGUGGUGGGCCUACUAUCUAAUCCUGGUAGAAUUGUACUUAGGUAUAUUUUCCUGUAAAGAAUAUAGUUGUAAUUUUGCAUAGAGCAAUGUGACUUGACAAGAAUGCUGCAUAGUAGAGGGUAAGAAAUUCUUGGGUCAGCCUAAAAGCUGUCCUAUGCCAGUUGUAUCGUGGGACACCUUCACCAUCUUUCUUUUUCGUGAUUUGGUUGUAUCCUGGAUUAGCCAGAUCUAAUGCUAUCUUUAGUAUCAAAUGCCUUCUUGUGGUCUUCAGAAAAUUCAGUCCAUCCAGCCUUCUUCGUUUUACUUUUGUUAGUGUCGUAGAAUUCUAAGAAGUUGGUAAGACAAGACAUGCAUUCUCUUAACUGGUGCUGGUUAUUGUUUAUGAAACUUCUCUUCAUGUGUUCUAUCACUCCUGAUUAUCUUCUCCAUUAUCUUGCAUUAAUGUGCAUGUCAGUGAAACUGAUCUGUAGUUUAAUGCUUCCUCUCGGUCUCCUUUCUUAUAUAUAUAGGGUCAUCAUGUAUCAUCUUACAGAUAUCUGGCAACUGUCAUGCAUCCAUUGGCUUGAUCAUUGCUAGUGGCUCAGUGUGUUUCUGCACCCUCUCACAGACUCCGUGGUGAGACCUUGCUGGGUCCCAUUGCCUUUGAUGUAUUCAGCCCCAGUACCUGUCAGAGCAGACUUCCUUAUUUUCCCUAGCCACUGCCAAUAACUUAGCCCUCCAUGUUUCCAGUACCUCAUGUGGGUCCUGGCUCUCCCAUCUAUUUCUGGGUGGUUGAAAUCACCCGUGAUACAUAACUUUCCUUUAGCUCUAUGUACACUUCUGACUGCUUCAUUUAUGGUGUCAAUCAUUACUGUUGUUGUUGUCUUCAUAUUCCAGUGUCCUACUUUUAUAGAUCACUGCAACUACUACUAUGAGUUUCCCAGUCUUAAGCCCACUAUGUAGUUGCCUGUCAGGUAUCUGAUGAUUCCAUCCAUCUCUUCAAAACGCCACUGAAAUCUGAUUAGCAGUGAAAUUCCUCUGCCUCCGCUAUUUCCUCUUUCUAUUUUAAUCACUUUGAUAUCCUAAGAAUAUCGCAUCUGAUAUUUCAGUUGUCUUUGUGAUAGCUGUGAUGUCUGGGGUUACCUCUGCUAUUCAUUUUUUUAACUGUCUUUUUAUUUGUUAACCCAUCUGCAUUUGUGUACUUCAAGCCGAGCCUUCUUUUCCUUGCUAUACACUGGUUUGUCACGUAGUCAUUCUGCAUGUUGCUCAUCUGACUGAAGUGGGGAAGGUAGGGCUAGGAUAGUGUGUGCAUCAUUGGAGAGGGGAGGGAUCAGCAAUAAGGUUGCGAGGAUAAGGGAAAAGGGUGGGAGGGGGAGCAAGUUAAGUUGGACCCUCCAGGAAAGGGGCUAGGGUGCAUCUCAAGGAGUUCCUCGAGACUGGGUGUUCUCUCCUGCGUCCUUGUCUGCUACUCUUCUCUGUACCUGAUGGGGUUUUGCAUAUGCCUUCAACUGUUCCCUCUCCGCUACUGUUCUGUCCCGAUCUGGGUACAGUGUAUACUACUGGAUCGGGACAGAAGUGUAAGGGAGUGAGGACUUCUUGUGCUGAUACGAGACCAACACCUACUGAUGCAGUUUGGAUAUCAAAUAGAAAUGCUAAGAUACCUCCUAAGAUACCUCCACCAUCUGAGGGGUGAAAUGAAGUACUGUACAUCCUUGAUGGCUCCUCACUACUCCAAUGACUGUCAUGGCCACAUGAUGAUACAUCUGAUUCUGUCUGCAAGAUGUAUGUUCAGUAUGUUACUAGAAAGUACAAAUCUAUUGUAAUUGUUUUUUGAUGGAUGUUGAAUCAGUCCCGUGAAGGAUGUAAUAUGUCUUUGUCGAACAAGAGAAUUUACCACUCUAAUUUUUUAUUAUUAUUAUUAACACAUUGGCUGAUUCCCACCAAGGUAGGGUGGCCUGAAAAAGAAAAAUUUUCAUCUUAUUUUUGUACAGGCUUCAAAGAAUUAAUCAUAAGUUAUUUACUGGGUUAUAUUUUAUAUAUAACUUUCAAACAUGUUUACAUUUUCUUGCUUUUUUACACAAAGAACUUACAUUGGGUCCACAGCAACGUGCUCAGAAAUUGCACAUAAUUCCUGUGCCUGCCGUCAACACUGCAAAAUUUCCUAACACUUUUUAUUAAAGCGGUAAUAAAUCCAUAUAGCACAGUUUGACACUACACCAUAUUAGAGCAGAAUGAAUAAUUAGAUGAGCUGUGUGCCUAAUUCCCACACUAAGGAUUGAACUUGGAUAAAUAGAUCAGCAAUGUUCACUACUAGGAUAUGCCAGAGUGUAAUGGUGUUUGUUUAUGUUACCUUGGACCUGGUGCACCUGUUUUAUGCCUGAUGGAUUAUAUGUAGCCAGGUUUAUUAAAUGCAGUACUGUAUAAAAAUAAAACUUUUUUAUCAGUGUAAUAUACCAACUAUAUUCACUAAUUAAUUAUCAGGUAUGUCUGAAAUGUUUUGACUAAAAAAACAACAUAAUGGAUAAUGUAACUGUUAUAACUAAGUGAUAGUAAACAACCAUUAUAUACCAGUAUACCUUAACCUUUGUAACUCUUCCACUAACACAGCACCCUCUCAAACAUCCUAAAUAGCAUGGAAACAUUUAUGAAAUAGUCAAGCCAUUUCAUUGUCUCAGGUCUUAUUCAAAGUAUAGUACAUAUAUACUGUAAUUUUUUUUUUUACCCUGAAAAUUUUUAAAGUACUGUACUCUUUAGAAAAAUAAUAACUCAUCAAAACUGUUUGCUUCUAGACAUUUAAGAAUGUUACAUUCUUUAGAACCACCUGAUUCCAGUCUAGAAAAAAAUAAACAAACUUUCUUAAACUAUGAAUACACAGUACAGUUAAACCUCAAUUUCAUAGAUUUCAGGAAAACUGCUGAGUAAAAUAAUCUUGAAAAAGACAAAGUCCACUGGUAACAGAACUGUCCAUUAUUACGAUUUGCUGGGUAAAUUGAUCUUGAAAACGGUGGACAAGGUUCAUUAGUAACAGAAUUGUCAAUUAUUCAAAUGCAGUAAAACAAUCUCGUUAUUCACGUGUGCAGGACACCCUCUUCCUCCCCUUCCUUCCUUCCUUGAAGUUUCACUGUACAGUAUGCACAUUUUAUGGCAGGCAUUCAUUAAAAAUUAUAUAUAUAACCAUAAGAUGUAAAUUUCUCUGAAACUAAAAGUUUUAAAAUGGUCUAUACAAAUCAUUCCAUAAAGCAAAACAUGUUCAAAUUACAAUUAUUUUAAACUUAUCUAAAGCAUAGAGGCAAGAGUGUACACCAUAAAAAUAUUGGCUUGAAAUGUACAAGGAACUAUUGAUCUUGUACAGUAUCAUUGAAUUUUAACCUUUUGUGCUUCCAGGGUGAUUCAGUAAAUUACAGUACUCUGCUUCAAUGUAAAUACAAUACAACUAAUAUCUAAUAAGAAUUUUAAUGUUUUCAGAUUUAGCUCUUAAAUAUACACAGGUAUGCUAGGCAUAAACAGUGUAUUAUAAAAUAUAUAUUAAUAUUAAAAUGAUAAUGACAAGUCUCUUGUGGUCAUGUGGGUGUUCCUGUCAAACUGGAAAACAAGAAAUAAAAGCAUAUGCUUUUCAAACUUCAUGAGUCUAUAAUCAGAGAAAGAUACGGUAAGUGUGCUCA